CACAUCAACUGAUUAUUUCCCAAACAGCAUACAAUACUUGCUGAAUUAUUAUUAGCGACAAUCCUCAACUAUUUGCAAAACCUACCAAUCCAAAUAAUCUCAGAUUUUUUUAACGGAAAGUUUUCAUAAUCCAAUGGACGGACCUAACGACGAGACGGAAGGAAUUAACGGCGGAGUUGGCGGUAGCGAAAAGACGAGUACGGAGGAGAAGACACUCUACAGCGUGCUCCACCGUAUGAUUGCUAUGAUCUUAGCACCUGAUGAUUCGAGUGCAUCUACACCGGUGAUGCAGCGAAUCAAAACUUCUUUAUCGGAGAACGUACCGCGUCUUAAGGAUGCUUCUAGAAACACUGGCCGGGAAAUUAUGCUCUGGACUCGUCGUGGAAGCUCCCUCCGAGCACUUCUGGUGAUCGCUGUUGGGACAAUUGCACUUCUUACAUUGACAGGAUUGCUUGUAUUUAUGCUGUUCUUUUUGGCGGCUACUGUCAAUGCCAUUGUUGUUUCGUUGCUCAUUUCUUUGGCGGCCGCGGGCGGGUUCUUGGCUCUGUUUUUGGCUUGUCUAACUGCCAUAUAUAUUGGGGCGUUAUCAGUUGCUGUAUUUGUCAUAUCCACUGCAACAAUUUCUGCAAUUGUAGCUGUUUCAAUAGCUACAGGUUGGAUUGGGUUUUUAUGGACUGUCUGGUUGCUGACAAAGAAAAGCAUGGGUGUGGCCAAGCACUCGCUGCACGUGACUGGAUCAGCAAUUUCAGCAUACUCUUCUUCUCGGCAUGUACAGCGCAAUCAUGAGUUAAAUAAGGUGACAGAGUGAGCCACGAUGCAUCCAACUCCAUGUAUGUAGACAUUCUUCUAUACCUGGAUACACGUUGCUGCAUUUUUCUUGAGACUGCACUAUUGUAAUACACAGUAUCAUUGAUUGUUGCUUGUUUAUAAUUACAAAGCUUUUGGGAGAUUGUAGUAAUACACUUUAAAAACACAUAUGAUUAGGACAAGUCAGUAUUUGUUGUAAUCAGUUUGCAGCUUGCAUUUGCUAUCAUGUUUGUUUUUUUU